AUGGAACGGGAGUAUAGAUAUUUUCAACAAAGAGUGAACGCCGCGGGAAAGUUAGGUUUUACCGCACUUCAAAAGUGUACAGCCGCAAUUGGACAACUAGCGUACGACGUGGCGAGUGAUUUACUAGACGAGUAUUUGCAAAUGGCGGAGAGGACCUCACGAGAGGCGCUUGGCCAUUUUUGUAGUGGUGUUAUAAGAUUGUAUGAACGUACAUACCUACGUAGAUCAACAUGGACCGAUCUUCAGCAUAUAUAUAUGAUGUGCAUGAAAGAGUUCAUGGAGAUGUGUCUCACGGCCUGGCGAGGCACCCAUACACGCAGUGACAUAGGUAGACCCUCGAUGAUUCUUCAAGCGGUUGCAUCGUAUGAUCUAUGGAUUUGGAAUGCUUUCUUUAGGCCACAGGGGUCUCAUAAUGACAUCAACGUAUUCAAGUCAUCUCAUGUGCUUGAAGAUCUUAUAUCCGGUUUGACGCCCUCAGCUUCCUUUUAUGCAAACGGUAACUUCUAUGAGAGAGGGUACUACCUAGGCGACGGGAUAUACCCCGAGUAUGCUACAUUCGUCAAGACUUUUACCGAUCCAGUUAACGAGAAGAUAAAGCUUUUUAAGAAAAAGUAA